AUGCCUGUGUUCUACAAAGCCAUCCGUCAGGCGCUAAACCCCAUCAGUUGUCACAGCGACACAAGACAGCAUCCUCCACCUCCUGGGGACCGACUCCAGCAGCAGUAUCCAUGUCCACCACACUCUGACAGACCGCUCAAUCAGCAAAUCAAAGUGCUGCGCUCGUCGGCAGCAGCACUACCAAGACUUCCUAUUCAUCCCUCCACUUCUCUCUUCACCAGCCCCACCCUCCCCCAACUCCUCUCUCCAUUAGCUCAUCUUUCCCUCAGCUUCUCUCCCUCCCUGCUCCUCUUUUCCCCAGCUUCCCUCUUUGCCAGCCCUACCUCCCCAGCCCCUAUCUCUCCAAGCUCCUCUCUCCCCAAGCUCCUCUCUUCCCCAGCUUCUCUCUCCCCAGCUCCUCUCUCACACAGUCCAUCCCUCCCCCAAGCUAUUUCCCUCAGCUUCUCUCUUUGCCAGCCCUUCCCUACCCAAAUCCCUCUCUCCCCCUGCCCCUCUCCCCUAGUUCCUCUGUCCCUCAGCUCGAUUCUCCCCUUGCCACUCUCUCCACUAGCUCUCUCUAUUAGCUCCUUUCUCCCACAGUUCCUGUUUCCCUCAGCUUCUUUCUCCAGCUCCACCCUCCCCUACCUCCUCCCUCCUCUCUUCCUUACCUCGUCUCUCUCAUACCUCUCCUCCCUUCACCAGCACCUCCUCUCCUCCUAG